CUUUUUUCUUUUUUUGAUAUCAGCUGUUUUUUUCUGGAGGGGAGCAGGCCUACCACAUAAUUUUUUCCGCACACAGGCCCAUCUAUCCUUUUUUUUAGUAACACGUCCAGAGUCGCUCCAACACAUUUCUCGGCCCAUAGUCAUUCUACAGCCCAUUUAGUCCGUCGGCUCACUUUCACAAUACACAGUCUCGUGCUCACUCCCACAGACCAGCGCCGCCGCCGCCGCCGCCAGCACCGAUGCCGGAGAACGGCCGGGAAAUAUGGCCUUGCCGGGGAUCCCCAACGAGCUCCUGGCGGAUAUCUUCCUCCGCCUUCCCACCCCAGAGGACCUCAUCCGCGCCUCCGCCGCCUGCGUCUCCUUCCGUCGCCUCAUCGCCGACCGCACCUUCCUCCGGCGCUUCCGCAAGCUCCACCCCGCGCCCCUCCUCGGCUUCGUCGACUACAGAGGCUUCCACCCCGCCGAACUGCCUCACCCCUCCGCGCCGGCGGCCAGCGCCGCGGACUUCGACUUCAACUUCCUCCCCGAUGGCGAUACAGACUUGGACUGGACCGUGCGGAAGUCCGCGACGGCCGCAUCCUCCUCGACAGACCCCGCCGUCACGACGACCUCGAACCCCUCUUCAGGGAGAUGGCGGUGUGCGACCCCCUGCACCGGUAGUACCUCCUGCUCCCCCCAAUCCCCAAUCACCUAGCCGCUCCGGUUGUGAGCCAACUCUUGAUGGAAAGGUCGUGCUUGGCCCAAUGCUUCCUCGCCCCUCCCAGCGAUGACCAAGUGGAGGAGACGUCAUUCAGAGUGAUCUGGCUGCUGGUGCUCCAGACCAGACCGGUGGCCCUUGUAUUCUCCUCCGGCACAGGGCAAUGGCAAGCCCUGAGUCGGAGCGAGCCGUUACCUGCCUUUUUGUUAUCGACGUGGAAGGUUUGGUUUGUGUCGCGCCAUUACGCACAUGGUUGCUUCUAUUGGGUUUCAGGUUCAGGUGAAAAACUGCUCGUGCUUGACAUCCAGAGGAUGGAGUUCUCCAUGGCUGACCACCCACCCUGUGUCAGAUUUCGGGGCGACGAUGUGGCAAUCGCGGAGGCAGGCCAAGGCAUGACUGUGAUGUUUGUGCCUAAACCGGACACAGAUCGCCGUAUUUAUACCGUUUGGCGGCGAAGCAAUGGUGGGAGUUCCGCCCAGUGGCAGAUGGAGACUGAGACGUUCUCGCUGGAUUCUGGGUCCUUGAUCAAGGGUGCAGUGGGGAGGCACUUGCUCCUAUAUCAUGUCGGAAGCGUGUCGGUCAAACCAGGUUGUUACAUCCGGGAUGUCAACACUUUGCAGCUUGAGAGGGUGUGUGAUUCAUAUCCCCAUCCGUCAGAAGUAUAUUGCAACUUCCCACCAUCGUUAUUAUCAUCACCGAUGGUGUCAAGUGUCCCACGCCACGCUGACCACCCAGGAGUGGACGACACUGUGCCGGCACCAGAACCACGAGCUGACCCUGGAGGCGUGGAAGGACCUACUGGUCAAGAACUGACGGGCCUCGCCGGGGGACCGCCGUGCAAGCGCCGUCGUCGCUGCGGCCGCUCAGGCUCCAGAACCCGCGGAGGCAGGUCGCGGUGGAUGGGGAGAAGGAGGCUGAGGCUUGACCCGUGGUGGACGAGGGCCUGGGGGCGGAUGAGGGGCCAGAUCAAGGUGUUGUCCAGGACGGCUGCGACCAAGUCCUUUGGCGGCAGGGGCUUGCCUUGAUCAGGAUGUGCUAGCUGCUAGCUCAUGGGGAAUCGGAAUGACUCAAUACUACUGGUCUGCUGCAUGUUGAUCUUUUUGGUCUCAGAACACAAAACAGUACCGUUGUCAACACCGAAAUGGCUUGUUCUACUCCCUCCGUUCCUAAAUAUAAGGCGUUGCCUCGUUGGGGCAAUGUAAACUGAACCCCCAGCGGCUUAUAUUUCGGAGCAGAGGUAAUAGUUACGAAGUCAAGCCGCAGUCUUUGAGAGCCAGUGUAGAUCGACGUCUGCACGGCUAUGUUGCUGCGAGAUUUUUUCCAUCCAAGCAUGAAGGCACUACUUGAACUUGAUUCUUGUUGGUCCACUUGUUCGGUCCCUGUGUGUUGUUGCAGCAGGCAGGGGUUAAAUAUCUGGCAUCCUGGUUGAUCUAGCUAGCAUAUGGAUCCCUUUUUCAUACAAAUUCUAGUUUAGGUGCAGAGAUCCAUAUGCACAUGGAUUUGCAUUUCUCAGUAGCAGCUAGCUUGUCGAUGGCAGAGUUUCUGUUUAAUACUCUAUAUAUGCAGUAGGUCAAUCUGACGACUUGCUGUCGCUUCAUUUAUAUACUAGUAUUUACAUUUUCUAUCGUCUGCCGGCUUGUUGGAGGCCGAUAAUUAUCUUGGUGUUCUUCUGCUGGUUCAUGUAAUCAACCAUAUCCUGGCAGCACUUGCCGUGCAAUAGAUCUGCAUUGCAUUGCUGCUGAUGUAAGUGCUUAUGCUGGAUGCAAUGAUUAUUAUUACUCUAUUAUGCA